AUGAAGCGUCAGGCGGUUCGUCACUUGAAGGGAGCGCUGGCGCAUCCCCGAACUCCAUCAGCAGCUCUGAAUCUGGCACGAUGCUAUUCCACACACCCCCCGAACGCAAAGCUCAACCUGCCCAUUGACUACUCGACAACCCCUCUGCUGGCUCACACGUCGGCGAUAGCCAAGCAGAACACGGAGAUCUCCUCCGACGUCCUCCAUGGCGCGACCAAGAAGAUGAACCUGUUCCAGGCCAUCAACGACGCCCUCAACAUCGCCCUGACAGAGGAUGAGACGGUUUCCGUGUUUGGCGAGGACGUUGCCUUUGGCGGUGUCUUUCGGUGCACCAUGAAGCUCGCAGAGACGCACGGAGCCGACCGGGUGUUUAACACGCCGCUGACGGAGCAGGGCAUUCUCGGCUUUGCCAUUGGCAUGGCUGUCGAGGGAAUGCGGCCUGUUGCCGAGAUCCAGUUCGCCGACUACGUCUUUCCCGCCUUUGACCAGAUUGUCAACGAAGCGGCAAAGAAGCGCUACUACGAGGGUGCCAAUGGCCGAAGUGCUGGAGGCAUGACUGUCCGCAUGCCCUGCGGAACCGUCGGUCACGGUGCCCUCUACCACUCUCAGUCUCCCGAGGCCUUGUUCACACACGUCCCCGGAAUGCGAGUCAUCAUGCCUCGAUCACCUCUGCAGGCCAAGGGAUUGUUGCUGGCGGCUAUCCGAAGCAACGACCCCUGUAUCUUCAUGGAGCCCAAGAUCCUGUACCGAGCCGCCGUGGAGGAGGUUCCCGUGGCACCGUAUGAGCUGCCGCUGUCCAAGGCCGAAGUUAUCAAGGAGGGCAAGAAUGUCACAAUUGUUUCAUAUGGUCAGCCAUUGUACAACUGCAUGGCGGCCAUCAAGCAGGCAGAGGAGGAUUUGGGCAUCUCCGUCGAGCUGAUUGACCUGCGCACAAUCUAUCCGUGGGACAAGAAGACUGUGUUUGAAAGCGUUCAGAAGACAGGAAGAGUCCUGGUCGUCCACGAAUCCAUGGUGAACGCGGGUGUUGGUGCAGAGGUGGCUGCCGCCAUUCAAGAGAACGCAGAUACCUUCAACAGACUCGAGGCUCCCGUGUCUCGUGUUGCUGGAUGGAGUAUCCACAACGCUCUGAUAUUCGAAAAGUUUCACGUCCCAGAUGUUGCAAGAAUUUACGACAGUAUUAAAAAGACGGUUCAGUACUAA